CCCAACAGCGUGUGGAUUGCGAAUUUUCAAGUCCUUGUUGGAACCGGCAACCGGUCUAGCGCUGCCGCUGAAGGACUUGAAAGGAAUCGACUUGACACCUAUUGAGUGGCAGUGGAGAGACGACGGUGAAAAACAGAAAGACACCGAUAUUGAAUCGAGGCAUCGGGCGCGCUUGGUUCGCAUAAUAUAUGCAUGAUACAACAGCAGAUUUCAGUCCCAAUGUCGGUGUGCAUUUUCACCAUAUGAAACCUCUUCGACUGCAACACAGCAAACGAAACGAAAUAUGAUCGUAAAGUAGUAAAGUAGAAAUAAAGUGCUCCUCGCUAGUGUGUAAAUACCAGCUGGUCCACCACACUAAGUCACACAUUUAUGCCAAAAUAGUAUAGAUUAUUAUCAUCAGCGAAGAUUCCCGAAGCAUCAAGCUCAGCCUCCCCCUACUCACAGACGACGAAAUGACCCACAGGAUGUCCCCGAAAACGCGCAUUGUGUUCAAAUUCAUCUUCGGUCUCGGCAUCUGGUCCUUCCUGGUGCUGGGAUUUUUCAAACUGAACGGUGAUCCGGUGACGCAGCAUCAGUUCCAGCAGACACCGAUCAAUGGGCGAUUGCUGCUCAACAAGGACAACCGCUGGACCGGGAAUGAGGCGACCUCCACGACCACCGACCGGUACGCGUCCCCGGUCGGUGCUGGGGUGGAUGAAGUUCUGGUGGACAAUCGAGCUGUCAUCGACGACGAACAGCUGGUCCGAGACGUGGAGUCCCGCAUCCCAUCGCUACCGAUCGCCUACUGGAGCAAACACAAAAAUGCCGUCCAGAAGAAGGCAACCUGUGCCAAGUAUCCGUCGAUCUUCGAGCUGGAGUUCAACAACAUCUACUGGCAAACGUUGCGCAGCUCGAACGGUACCUUUCAGCUGUUCGGUGCGUACUACGACAUCCGAAAGCGGUCCCGCAUCGGUCCGGCCGUGCGGAUCCUCGGCAUGAUCGAUCGGAUCGAGCCGAAGGUGAAGACGUUCUGUCAGCUGUGGUUCGACGGCCAGAAGGAACCGUUCAUCGUGAAAACCUUCGAAUACAAGUACAUCUGGUUCAACAAGUGGGGCAACUACAAGCAGGGAAUCUACCAGCCAUACCUGAUUGCGUGUCAGAUUCCGAAACCCUUCCGGGGGUUGGUGCCGGCAUCGGUUUCACUCGUCGAAAAGCAGUGCGAUACGGCAACGAACAACCUGCGGGUUUUGUACAAUCGGCCGCUGGACGAUAAGAAGAAAGGGUUUGCCGUUUGCGUUAAAGGAUUGGAUUUUCUGUAUGAUGAUUUGUCCGUCCGGUUGGUUGAGUGGAUUGAGCUGCUGGGCAUUCUGGGAGCGGAUAAAAUAUUCUUCUACGAACUGCAGGUGCAUCCUAACAUCUCGAAGGUGCUGCGAUACUAUGAGGAGCAGGAUCGGGUCCAUGUGACUCCGCUGACGUUGCCCGGAGGGCAACCGAAUGUUCCGGGCUUCCAGCAUCUAUUUUUAUCGAAGAAAACGACCCACAAGCGACAGAAUGAGUUGAUUCCGUACAAUGAUUGUUUGUACAAGAAUAUGUAUAAGUACGAGUUCAUUGCUCUGCUGGAUAUUGACGAGGUUAUAAUGCCGAAGCUGCCGGAAGACAGAACGUGGCACGAUCUGAUGGAACGGGUCGUUGAGAAGGGUAUGAAACUGAAAAAUGACACCUAUCCGAGCUACAACGUGAGGAAUGUGUACUUUUUCGAUCAGGAUCAGCACGAUCACGAUUGGAUCAAGGAUACGCCCCGUUACAUGCACAUGCUGCAGCACGUCCAACGUGCCAAGAACUACACGAAACCCAACCAGUACGUGAAAUGUUUCCACAACCCGGAACGGGUCCUAACACUGCACAAUCAUUUUCCGAUUGCCUGUCUGGGUGGUGCCUGCCAUUCCUAUCCGGUCAGCACGGACGAUGCACAACUGCAGCACUACCGGGCCGACUGUGUUCGAACGCUGAAAAAGAGCUGCGAAGAGUUCAAGGAGAACCAAGUGCGCGACACCACGAUAUGGAAAUACAAGGACGAACUGAUACAGCGCACCCGUCGCACGCUGGAUCUGCUGGGUUUCUUCCGACCGUCGGCAGCCUCCGGUGGUCUGGGCCGUGGGAAAGAUUCCCUCUACAAGCGGUGAUUGUUGCAGAAGCUUCGGCAUAUGUUUAAUCUCUAGUUACGUUUGUUCAUUUAUUCGGUUGACCAGCAGCGACAGGGUUCCUCCGACGGCGGUAGGUCCGCUCCCGGUCGCUCUUCUGCUGCCGCUGCUGCUUCCUCGGGCUCGGGCGUCGUUCAGGAGCGACAGUGCUGUGAUCUGCGUCGAUGAAAGUGACCAUCGGCUGUCCAAAUAUCGGCUUAAUCCGAAUAAAUGAACGAUCGAUCCGAAAAAUGUGAAAAGUGAAACGCGACGUGUUAGAGAAACUGUUUCCACUGAUCAUGAUCAUGAUUAUUUUUACUAAUUACUGCAAUCAAAUUACUACUUAGAAAGUCAAAGUAAUUUAAUAGAGGUUUAGCAGGAAUCGAUUGAAAAUCAAUGUUUUUUGUCUUGUCGCAAGAGGAAUAGAAACAGGAAGCUGUGUGAUUUCUAAACUAUUACUAUAAAACUAUUACUGAAUACGAAUUUCCUAAUAACUAUGGUUCAUCACUACAUUACUGCUACUAAUAGGAUAAAAAACAGCGGAAACGUUUUGUUUUUAUAGAGAGAGAAACGUUUAAUUACUAUGAUUAGCCGGCGUGCCUUUCGUUGUAUUCACUGCUAUUACUGCUAGAAAAGUCCUCCUAAGGAUUCUGUUAACGUUUGAAAAGGUGGUUAUACAAGUGCCGACUGUCAGGCUCCACUAUCAGUAACUCCUACAUCGGUUUUAAGAUUAUUAGGUGUACCACUAAGUUCCCACUGUUUAUCAAUAGAUGGCUCCAGCAGUAGGCGAUGGUCGAU